AUGUCGACGACGCUGGGCGCCUUCGUCGCCGGCGGCAUCGCAGCCUGCGGCGCCGUGACAGCGACUCACCCGUUCGAAACCGUCAAGAUUCGCAUGCAAUUGCAAGGCGAGCUUCAGUCCAAGGGCCACCAACCACAUCACUACCGCGGCCCGAUACACGGCGUCGGCGUCAUCGUCAAGCAUGAGGGCGUGCGGGGCAUAUACCGAGGCCUGGGAUGCGCCUACAUCUACCAGGUGCUCCUCAACGGCUGCCGGCUGGGAUUCUACGACCCCCUGCGCAAGGGCAUCUCUUCCGUCUUCCUCAAGAACGAGAACGCGCAGAACCUCGCCGUCAACAUGUUCUGCGGUGCCUUCUCCGGCAUCAUCGGCGCCGCCGCCGGAAGCCCCUUCUUCCUCGUCAAGACACGCCUGCAGAGCUACUCGCCCUUCCGGCCCGUCGGCACGCAGCACCAGUACCGCAAUGCCAUUGACGGCCUGUCGCAGAUCUACCGCGCCGAGGGCAUUCGCGGCCUCUACCGCGGCGUUGGUGCCGCCAUGAUCAGGACCGGUUUCGGCAGCUCGGUCCAGCUGCCGACCUACUUCUUCGCCAAGCGCCGCCUGGUCCGCCACGCCGGCAUGGAGGAGGGUCCGGCUCUGCACCUCGCGAGCAGCACCGUCAGCGGUUUCGUCGUCUGCUGUUUCAUGCACCCGCCGGACACAAUCAUGUCCCGCCUGUAUAACCAGAACGGCAACCUGUACAAGGGCGUCUUCGACUGCCUGGGCAAGACGAUCCGCACCGAGGGUUUCUUCGCGAUCUACAAGGGCUUCCUGCCGCACCUCGCCCGGAUAUUGCCGCACACCAUCCUCACCCUCUCGCUCGCCGAGCAGACCAACAAGCUCAUGAGGAAAUUCGAGGGGCGAGUCCUGCCCAUGUUUGACAAGGCGUAA